CAUUGGCAUUCCUGAUAAGCUGCGUUAUUGACCUCUAAGUUUGCCCCCAAAUAACCAUCUACCCAUCACUCACAAUUCUCCAUUCUCAUCUCCUUCACUGGCCUCACUCCAUACCAUCCAUGAUUCAAAAACUAAGCACCUUCUUAUCUAAUUCAUGGUCAUGGUGGUCGCAAAGCAACGCCAACAACGAUGAGCUCGCCCCUGUAGUACUCACGGGUGUGCUCAUCCUGCUUCUUGUGUCAUGGUAUUAUUGGAUCACCUUCUUUUCUAAAUCGAAAAAGGAACACCCACCAUUGCCGCCAGGGCCACUGGCCCUGCCCCUGGUGGGUAACCUCCUGUCUCUUGAUCCCGAGCUACAUACCUACUUCACGAGCCUGGCGCCCACCUAUGGUCCCAUCCUCAGACUAUGGCUCGGUAAAAAAGUUGGGAUUGUAGUCGCCUCGCCCGCCAUGGCACGCGAGGUGUUAAAAGAGCAUGAUGCCAUCUUUGCCAACCGGGAUGUGCCGGUGGCGGGCAGGGAGGCUGCCUACGGUGGUCUUGACAUAGUUUGGACACCGUAUGGGCCGGAGUGGCGCAUGCUGAGGAAGGUGUGCGUGCGUGAGAUGCUCAGCAAUACCACUCUUGACUCUGUCUAUGUGCUCCGGAGACAAGAGAUCCGGCAGACAAUCGGGUACUUGCACAGACGGGUCGGGUCACCGGUCAACGUGGGUGAGCAGAUGUUUCUGGCUGUGCUCAACGUGAUCACAAACAUGUUAUGGGGUGGCACUGUGAAGGGGGAGGAGAGGGCCAGCAUUGGGGGGGAGUUCCGGCAAGUGGUGGCCGAUAUGACGAGUCUGUUGGGGAAGCCCAACGUGUCGGAUUUUUAUCCGGGUUUGGCCCGGUUUGACUUGCAGGGCGUUCAGAAGGAGAUGAAGGUGUUGGCACAGCGGUUUGAUCGGAUUUUUGAAUCCAUGAUUGAUCAACGGCUGAAAAUGGAUGGACAAAGUGGGACCACAGAGAAUAAGGAUUUUUUGCAGUUCUUGUUGAAGCUAAAGGAUGAAGGAGAUGCCAAAACGCCUCUCACCAUGACCCAUCUCAAAGCCUUACUAAUGGAUAUGGUGGUGGGUGGGUCAGAGACAACCUCCAACACAGUUGAGUUUGCCAUGGCUGAAAUGAUGAACAAACCACAAGUACUGCAAAAAGUCCAGCAAGAACUCGACGCAGUCAUUGGCAAAGAUAACAUUGUGGAGGAGUCUCAUAUUCACCAACUACCAUACUUAUAUGCAGUGAUGAAAGAGGUUCUACGCUUGCACCCAGCCCUCCCACUCUUGGUGCCUCACUGCCCCAGCGAGACAUGUAUAGUUGGAGGUUACACAAUUCCUAAAGGUGCUCGUGUUUUCGUUAAUGUCUGGGCGAUACACAGGGACCCUUCGAUUUGGGAGAACCCGUUGGAGUUUGAUCCAGAGAGGUUUUUGAAUGGUAAGUGGGAUUACAGUGGAAAUGACUUCAAUUAUUUCCCGUUUGGGUCUGGCAGGAGAAUUUGUGCAGGGACUGCAAUGGCUGAGAGAAUGUUCUUGUUUUCACUCGCUUCACUUUUACACUCUUUUGACUGGAAACUGCCUCAAGGUGAGAAAUUAGACUUGGAGGAGAAAUUUGGGAUUGUGUUAAAGAAGAAGAUACCUCUUGUUGCUAUCCCAACGCCAAGAUUAUCUGAUCCAUCACUCUAUGAGUAAUUAAGUGAAGCAAAAGAGAAUUGCGUUCGCUAGAAGUUGUAGGUUCUAUGUUUCAAGUGUCGAUUCAAUAUAGUGAUGACUCUUAAACUCAAUAUAUUACGGUGUCCUUUACUGAAAUCCUUUUUCACAUAUUAGUCUUUUGAGUAUGUAUUUUCAUAUGGCAAUGAAUACUGAAGAUUUGAGUUGCUGCAAGAGAUUUUAAAGUAUCAUAACUUCUCAUCUUUUACUUGA